AUUUUUGUUAAUAAAAAAUAUUUGAUAGGCUAAUUUCUCUCUCCCGUUUUCUCUCUCAACCAAAAUUCUUGUGAUGAAACCAAUCAUGGGUAAAGCUUCUUUCAACUCUACGGCAUAUUAUUUUUGUCAAUCUCUUGCUUAGACCUGUGUCAUUUGCACUUUCACCCUAUCCAUCCACUGCAACUGUUUUGGCGCAACCCAGCAAUCAGAAAAGCAACAACAUCGGUAGCGGGGCCGUUGCCGGCGGAUUUGAAGGUGGAUGGGCAAAAGCGGCGACAUUGCUGUUGCUGAUAUCUCGUACAUGUCCACGAGAAGGUUUUUAACUGACGGUAAACGGAGAUACUCUCCCCCUGACGGCCACUGAUGAUUUCCCAAACAACUAAGUGAAUUCAGGACACUGAAAAUGACAAAAACUAAGGCUUCCUCAAAAAAGCAGCAAAAGCGUUGUGUCGAUUUCAAGAAAAUUAAGCGAAAGCUUGGCAGGAAAUUGCCACCGCCUAAGAAUGCUACAAACACUGAAAUUAAAUCCAAAGCAAUUAUUAUUCCUGAGCAAAGUGUGGCAUCAGACAAAAUGAGUUUAGGUGUGAGCAAGAAAGGCUUGACUUUGAAAGAGCUUCUUCAACGAACUUCCCAUCGCAAUGCAAAAGUUCGUAAAGAUGCAUUGAUGGGUAUGAAGGAUUUAUUCCUUAUGUAUCCGGAAGAGCUAAAAUUGAACCCGCAUGAAGUUAUACAAAUACUAUGUGGACGUUUUGGAGAUGAGGAUAAAAUGGUUCGAGAAACCCUUUAUCAACUUCUCAAAUCAGUAAUUUUUCCUACCUGCAACGAGGAUAUGCCUUUCAUUUAUUUAAUGAUGGGAUACAUUUUUGUCGCAAUGGCAAAUUUAGCAAUUGAAGUUCGGCUUAUGGCUUUCAAGUUUUUUUAUCUCAUUGUACAGUAUUAUCCAGCUGCGUUUUCCUUGCAUGGUGAAAAGGUUCUUCAAAAUUAUGCGGAUAUUCUGCGGAAGAACCAGUUCUGUUUAGAAGACAAGGGCAGGCUCAAGAAUGUGCUUGUUGGUUUGUUGCGCUGCUUGUCACUGUUGCCAUCUAAAAAAGUAGAAGUUGACACAUUCAAGAAGGAAGUCCCUAGGCGCGUGUUGCAUGCUUAUGAGCCUACGAGGCCUACAGAUUUUGCUGAUAUAUCUGUCAUCAUCAGUAAACUAAAGGAUUUAUUUCCAGUUUUAGUCAAUUGCUUCCAAGACCUCAUUCCAUUAAUUCAUAGUACGCCACAAUUGGAUGCACAAACAUUUGAUUUCUUACAUAACAUACUUCAGAGCAUCAACCUUAUAGUCAGAUUUUUCGUUUAUGAGACUGAAAAGGGUUAUUCAGAAUCAUAUGCAUCUAUGUCGGAUCAAGGCAUCUCAUUGGUGCUACUGAAGAAGUUCCUAGGUGUAUUUCCGUUCAACGCAGUGCAUUCAGAAAAGGAUGAUGACCGAUAUUUUUCCCUGAAUGUUGUGAUUGCUGAAAUAUUUUUGCACUUAGAUGAAUGGAUCCGCCCUCCUGCUGAGUUACUAGAGAAAUUUCUUGCAUUCAUGGAGCAUGCACUGCUUGAAAAGAUCCACGAUGAAACAAGGUCUGGCAGAGAAAAGCAGAUGCUUACACUGGUUCAUUUUAUGCCAAAACUUGUAGCACAAGUGAUAGGCGACUGGAAGUCUCGCCUCCUACAGGCAUUUACAAAGACAUUCCUUGAUUGCAAACCAGAGUCUUCAGUAAAAUUGGCUUGCCUUGCCGCAAUUGAAGAAAUGCUUUUUUCUAGAAAAGGAAUGUGGCAACCAGAUGGAUAUGAUCUAGAAGUAGUGGGCCCUCUUAUUACUUGGAUAAGAGAGCUACCUGUGUUGUUAAUCCUGCUCGGUGAUAUGCAUCCAUCCUCUUCUGAGGCUGUGUUGCAACUUCUGCUUGACCUGGGUCGAUUUGCUACAACGGGUUCUUUCCUUGCAAAGGAAUACGACGAGUUGCAAAAGUCGCUACAAGAAUUUUACUGCACGUAUCAAGAAGGGGAUAAAUGUUAUGGUCCUUUCACAAGGCUUCCAUUGGACUGUCAAAAACUCUCCAUCUAUAGUCUUGCUUACUUUUCUCACCUAGAUUCACCUUUGCUGACAUCAGUAACUUUAUGUUGCCUCCGUCCUGACUUGGAUGAAUAUGUCUUGUUUCUGAUCAUAGAACAUUUGCAUUCAAUAUUUAGACGCGGCAAAAUUGAGAUACAGGACCACCUUAGCUUCUUUGUCACGCUGGUCACUCGUUUCAAUGUUUUUCCAGAAAAUAUUCGCUCUGCAAUUGAGGAAGGUACAAAGUUCUCAAAUCGUGGAACUUUCAAGAAAUUGAUUGGUGUUGUUUUCUCAUGCCUGGAACAGACGGGUGAUGCUUCCCUAGUUUUAUUUCUAUUGGAGAGAGAAAUCCUAAAGCAGAUUUUAUUAAAGCCCCCUCUAGACAAUGCCUGUGCUAUGCUAAGGAUACUUGUUAGGCUAGACUCCAAACCCACAAGACUUUCUGAACAAAGUAUUAUCAAUUUGAGCAAUUUCAUUCCAGGCUACUUGAUUGACGUUGUGCAUUGUAUGGGAGGGUUUGAUGCAGAACCCAAGGAAGCUCAUUUUCGAACGCUGAUGGACUAUAUUGUUCCUUGCUUUUACAUGUUUGAAAGUAGUAGAAAGCUCUUGAAUCUCGUGUUGAAUGGGAUGGGUUCAAUGAUAACUGAAAGUAGAAUAAAUGAUAUUGUUAGUGUCCUAAUGUUGAUGCAUAAGGAUGAUAAGAUGAAUCGAAUUAUUUCUUCAUCGAGGGCUGAGUUUGAUCAUGUUUCACAGAGCAUACGCUCAUUAAAGUUGGAGGAUAGCAGUCUAACUGUUGGGGAAAGGCGUAGAAUACAAUAUGCGUUAGAGCAACUAAAGACUGUUAGAAGCUCAUUAGAUCAAGAGAUGCAAAGAGCAAAGCAGGAUAUGUUACCUUAGUUUAUUGCACUACAAGUUUGCAAUGGCCUAAAAUUUUGAAGUUUACAAUUUUGGGAAUAUAGUAAAAGAUGAAUUAAAGGGGAUAACGUUUUCCAUUCAUUUUCUUGCUAUACAUAUAGAGGAACCAUAAUGGAUAUAAUAUUUCAUGUCAAAACUUGAGCACAUAACAUGUCAUUUUUUGCCAA